UUUCGUAUUAUCCGCGGAACUCAAACCCGAUUAUUAACUGGGAAAAAAUAUUUCAAGUCCGUUGUUCCCAUUCUCAAAUCCCUAAUUCCUUUUCCUUUUCUGCUGAAUCAAUUGAUGAAAUCCCUAAUUUCGAACUCCAUCCCGUCCUUCAUUUGCAAAAUCCCUACUUUAAUAAUCUUCAAUAAUGCUUACUGUAAUCCCUUGAAGCCAUUUCUUACUUGAAUUCAAAGAACUACAGAAGCUGUUUCCGUUGAACACUGUCAAUUACGUCAUUUGAGGCCUUUUGAGUGUUUGAAUUCAAUUUUGGAGAUUUCGGGUGCAUCUGGAUCUGUCUGAGCUUGAGUUCUGAAGAAUUCGUGCUCAAAUUGUUGAGCUUUCUCAGGAAGAUCCUAAAGGUUCAAACUUUCUGACGACAUUUUUAUGCCGCCGUGAUAUUCACUGUAUUUGGAGCUGUUUUGAUAAAUCCUUGCUUGGAAUUCGAAAUUUUGUUGGCAAAUUAUCGGUUUUUGCUGCUCUUGUUUUGGAGUAUUUCUUCGAAUUUUAACGGUUAUGAGUAUUUUAGGGCUUGAAGAAGUUGAAAUGAACGACCAGGUUUCACAUGCUAGCGGUAAUUGGGUUCCACGUUUGCUGAACUGGUUUGAAGUGAUUUCUUUGGGUUAAGUGAGGAAUUCAAAAACCAUUUUGGAAUUCCAAUGGCAUACGAGCUUUCUGAUAGUAGUGGAACGGAUGAUGGUCUUCCUCCAUCACAUCAGAAUAGAUUUCAACAAGGGAUGCAUCCUACUGGGAAUACAAGAUCAGCAACGGGAUCUGUUCCAUCAUCGAGGAUGCAUAUGGAUAUGGAAACACAGAUCCACAAUAUAGAACAAGAUGCAUACAGUUCUGUCCUGCGAGCCUUCAAGGCUCAAUCUGAUGCCAUCACUUGGGAAAAAGAAAGUUUAAUUACAGAACUCAGGAAAGAGCUCAGAGUAUCAGAUGAGGAACAUCGGGUGCUUCUAUCCAGGGUUAAUGCUGAUGACAUCAUCAGGCGAAUAAGGGAAUGGAGGAAGUCGCGUGGGCUCCAACCUGGCAUGCUCAGCACUGCUCAGCCUGUUCACGAACCAGUUCCUAGUCCUACUGUUUCUGCAUCACACAAGAAACAGAAAAACUCACAAUUAGCGUCUUCCUUUUCAAUGGGUGUGCCAUCUGCUUCGUUGCAUCCAUCUGUGGAGCCAUCUUCAUCAGCUCUUAGACGAAGUCUUCCUCCAGGAGAAAGGAGUAAGAAGCCCAAAACACACCCUCCCUCCGGUAUCGCUGGAAGGACUCAAGUUCUUAAUCGCAGUUCUUCAGGUGCCUUUGUCGGAGUUGAACAUGCUGAGACAGCGACUUGUGAUCCAUUAAUUGGAAAGAAAGUUUGGACAAGGUGGCCUGAAGAUAACCACUUCUAUGAGGCUGUCAUUACUGACUACAAUACUGUUGAGGGGCUGCAUGCUUUGGUUUAUGACAUUAAUACUGCUGAUGAAACAUGGGAGUGGGUCAAUCUCAAAGAGAUAUCUCCUGAAGAUAUUAGAUGGGAGAAUCAAGAUCCUGCAAUUUCUCGGAGGGUUAGCCGUCCUGGACCAGGUCGUGGGAUUAAGAAGUCCGCUGGACGGGGUGCUGCAGUCACUGGUGCAGGAAGAGGCAGAGGUACCGUGAAGGGUCAGUCCAAGAAAGAUUUCCCUUUAUCACAUAAUGGUAUUGGGAAGAAGGCAUCGGGUGAUAUUGAGAUACUUCACACAGAUGCUGUGAUUAAGGAGGUUGAGAAAGCUUUUGGUUCUAGCCAUCCCAAUCCGGUGGAGAUUGAGAAAGCAAAGAAAUUACUGAAAGAGCACGAACAAUCCCUGGUGGAUGCAAUUGCUAGGCUUGAAGAUGCAUCUGAUGGUGAAAGUGCAGAUGGAGAACAUCCAUUUCCAGGACGCUCGAAGGACCAAGAGCAAGGCUGGACAAAACAGCCGUUUAAUCGGGAUGGUGAAGGUAGGCUACUUGAAGGUGCAGAUGGCAAUAAAGUUGCAAGCGAUGAUCAGCAAGAGAAGAUUGUAUGAUAGUAGGCCUGUAUGAUCAGAAUUAGGUUUGUAGGAUUAGUAAUUUCACUGUGUAGCUCAUGCUCUAAUUUGGAUGAUUAAACUCCAUUUCAUGGUUUACUUUAGGGAUUUAUGAUUUGUUUCAGAAUUAUUGAUACCGAUGAAACUUCAUCAUAGGCAGCCUUUGCAUGUGUACAUUAAUUUUCAUAGUAAACUAUUUUUAGCCAAAUAAUAAUCUCUCUUACCUAUCU